AUGUCAGCAAAGUCCAUUCUCGAGGCCGAUGGCAAGGCAAUUCUCAACUACCACCUCACUCGUGCUCCUGUUAUCAAGCCUACUCCGCUAAAGGCUUCUGGAGUCCAUAACCCUCCUCCCAAAUUGGCCUCCAUCUUCUUCCCCGAAGAUCAAGCAGUGUCAACUGUUCUGGACCAAGCUGAAGCCACCUAUCCCUGGCUCCUUCAGCCAGGCUCGAAAUUCGUUGCAAAGCCAGAUCAACUGAUCAAGAGAAGAGGAAAGAGCGGCCUUUUGGCCUUGAACAAGCCCUGGUCAGAGGCUAGGAAAUGGAUCGAGGAGAGAGCCCGCAAGGAGGUCAAGGUCGAGCAUGUCACAGGCAUACUCUCCCAAUUCCUCGUUGAACCCUUUGUGCCUCAUCCUCAAGACACCGAAUACUACAUUAAUAUCAACUCUGUGCGAGAUGGUGAUUGGAUCCUCUUCACCCACGAGGGUGGUGUGGAUGUCGGUGAUGUUGAUGCAAAGGCCAAGAAGAUCCUGGUCCCAGUCGAUCUGAAGAGGUUCCCUUCAAAUCAAGAGCUGGCUGCGACUCUGUUGCCAGAUGUGCCCAAGGGUGUCCACAAUGUGCUGAUCGACUUCAUUGUUCGAUUGUACUCCGUCUACGUGGACUGCCAAUUCACCUACCUUGAAAUCAACCCCCUGGUCGUUAUCCCCAACGCCGCAGGCACCUCCGCCGAAGUCCACUUCCUUGACCUUGCUGCCAAACUCGAUCAAACGGCCGAUUUUGAGUGCGGUGUCAAAUGGGCUAUUGCCCGAAGCCCUGCUGCUCUUGGCCUUCCCGGAGUUAAAGCCGAUGGAAAAGUCACCAUUGACGUUGGGCCGCCGAUGGAGUUCCCUGCACCUUUCGGCCGUGAGCUCAGCAAAGAGGAGAAGUACAUUGCGGACAUGGAUGCAAAGACUGGUGCUUCGCUCAAGUUGACCGUUCUCAAUGCCAAGGGCCGAAUCUGGACUUUGGUGGCUGGUGGUGGUGCUUCGGUGGUCUACGCCGACGCUAUUGCCUCCGCCGGGUUUGUCAGCGAGCUGGCCAAUUACGGUGAAUACUCCGGGGCCCCGACUGAGACCCAGACGUACAACUACGCGAGAACUGUUCUCGACCUGAUGCUCCGCGCACCCAUGCACCCUGAUGGCAAGGUGCUCUUCAUUGGUGGCGGUAUUGCCAACUUUACAAACGUCGCCUCAACGUUCAAGGGUGUCAUCCGUGCACUCAGGGAGGUGGCCCCGUCCCUCAAUGAGCACAAGGUUCAGAUCUGGGUUCGUCGCGCUGGCCCCAACUACCAGGAGGGUCUCAAGAACAUCAAGUCCGUUGGUGAGGAGUUGAAGUUGGACAUGCAUGUUUACGGCCCAGAGAUGCACGUCUCAGGUAUCGUACCCUUGGCUCUUCUCGGCAAGACGUCGACGGUGCCCGAAUUUGGUGCUUAA